CCGACAUGUUUAGGGAGCAUCCUGAUUGCUGGGGUUGAUCUGUAAGGGCUGAUGACUUAAAGGUGUCCAUAUAGCUUAGAGUGGCCUCCACAUUCCCGCUUGAAACCUUGUGCAUUGAAGUCAGGUUUGGUUGGGUUGUUGGCAGAUGCUCAUCCCUGGAGUCAUUCAUGAAUACUUGUCUGCACACUGAGGCUAGAGGGUAGGAAGUACUGUUGCGUGUACAUGCUGGGCAGGCAGGACCUCUAGCCUCUGGGCAUUUGACCCUUCCUUAAAUGCUAGGGACUCCGUCUUUGCCACACUUCACACCUGUCACAUCCUUGUCCUCUCCUCUCGCCAUGUGAUUUUACCUCGAACUCGUAGGCUUAAAAUGAUCCUCCUGCCCCAACCUCCUGAGUGUCUGAGACUACAGGGUUACACCCUCACCCUCUCCUGGGACUGUCAUUUCUCUGCAGCCUUUUGGUCCUAGUUUCUUUUUCUUUUUCUUUUCUUUUCUUUUCUUUCUUUCUUUCUUUUUUUUUUUUUUUAAGACAGGGUUUCUCUGUGUAGCCCUGGCUGACUCACUCUGUACACCAGGCUCUUUGAACGCAGAGAUCCACCUGCCUCUGCCUCUAGAGUGCAGGGAUUAAAGGUGUGUGCCACCACCGCCCAGCUGAUCCCACUUUCUUAAGUUGAAGCCUAACCCUGGAACUUUAGAGGAGUGAGCCCUAUUUUGUGAGCUGUUGAUAAGGACGUUGGCUGGGAGUGGUGCCCAUUACUAGGUCUUGUUCUUAGCUGCUCAGACAGGUAGAAGUGGAUGGAGCCAGGAGACUUGGAUUGUCGCUGCUCUGGAACACCUGGAAAGAAGGUUCUCUGGAGCUCAGUGCCUGAGGGAAGACAUGACCUGCCCCCCAGAAAGCUUUGUACUCCUAGAUGGACUUCAAGUCAGAGCAGCUCUGUUAGGGGACCUGGCUUCUAGCUGCAGUUGGCACCCUGAGAGGCCAGGCCUCCUCCCCAGCUCUGCCUUGGAAGUGGGAGGUAGAUCUACACUCAUCGAAUGCCUCUCUAUAGUCAGGAGCAGGGGCUCCACUGGAUACCAGGUCUGGGGGCUUGGGGCCUUCCCACCAGACCUACGUGAUGAGGUGUGAACUUAGGAGUUUAGCAGGAAGUCCUCCCAGCAGAGAGAGGCAUGCUUAGGGGGAACUGGAAAUGUCUGUGGUCUCUGUCCACAGCAGAGAAGCAUUGUGGGUGGAAUUCCCCAGGCGCAUGUGAUGUAGAAGGCCCCUGUGGGUGCCUCCCCACCCUACACCUGCCCUGCUCUCUUCUCCCCAACUCUGUUCUGUGCGUUUCCUAGAUUAGAGGCUUUCAAGCUGUGGUCAGGUGUAUUAAGCAUACAAGGCUCAGGACCCAGCCUGUGCUGAUGACCCUGGGUGGGGCCAGCAGCCUGUCUCACCAGCGACUGGAAAGCUCUGACACCGAGUGUCGCUGCCUUAGAUGACUUGAAAUGAGGCAAGAGCUUACUGACUGCCUCUCAGCCUGGUUCCCUCCCUUCUUAGGACAGCAGAACAAUCCUGGCCAACCCAAAAAUCCCAGCAGUUUUUUGAGGGGAAGGGUGUUUGAUAUUGGUGAUGUGGUUUUGUAAUUAUGUAGUUAAUUUGUUUUGUUUUGAAAAGGGGUCUCACUGUGUAACCUGGCAGGCCUUGAACUCAUGACCCUUUUGCCUGUGUCUCCCAGUUGCUGUGAUUUUAUGUAGGCGCCAGCACACAAGGCUAGUCUAGAACUCAUCAUCUAAUCAAAGCUGGCCUUGACCUCCUGAUCCUCAUGGCUCUACCUCCCUAGUGCUAGGGUUGUAGGCAUGGGCCACCAUACCUUGGUUUGGCUAAAUGUUUUAUUGUGAGAUAAUUGUAGCUAUCUCCAGUUGUAACAAAUAUCACAGAAAGUUUCCUUGUAUCUCUACCUAGUUUCCUCCAAAUGGUAACAUUGUGCAAAACUGUAGUAAAAUAUCACUCUGGGACCAGCACAUUGCUACAAUCAGGAGGAGCCUUUCUGUUGUGGAUUUAUAUUCACAUCCAUCUUCUUUCUGCUGAAGUUACAGACCUGGAAGGUCAUCCCCCACCCUCAUUCAAUCCCUGGCCACUAUUAACCUGUUUACAGUUUUCCUAAUUUUGGCAGAUGAUGGAAUCAUACCAUAUAGCACCAGUAAUUGGCUUUUUGUACUCAGCACAGUUUCUGGAAGAUUCAUCUAGAAUAGGCUGUAGUGCGUUAGCAGUAGUGUGCACCUCUGGCAUCUGGGCUGUUGGUGUCCUGCACUGAGGGAACUUUCUUUCGUUGAAGGACACCUGGGCCGUUUCCAAUCUUUGGCUGUGACAAACAUUUGUUUGUAGGUUGUUCUAUAAACAUAAGUUGGCAUCUCUGAGUUAUAUGUCCCAGAGUUGAGUUGCUGGGUUGUGCUGUGGUAGCUGCACACUCGGGUUUAUAAGAAAUAGCCAGACUUCCAGAGUAGCUGUGCCUUCCAUUUUACAUUCUCGUGAGAGAUACAUGUGGGGUCUAGUUCCUCUUUGCCAGCGUUUUAUGAUGUCACUUUUUAUCUUAGCCGUUCUCCUUUAAUCUGUUUCCUGACAGGAUGCUAAGCACUUUUCCUUGAGUUAUUUUACCAUUUAUGUUUUCUUUGAAGAAGUCUAUUCGUGUGUUUUGCUGAUUUUCUAUUUGGAUUUUGUUUUAAUAAUAAUUUAAGCUGGGCAGUUGUGGCGUACAACUUUAAUCCCAGCACUAGGGAGUCAGAUGGAUCUUUGUUAGUUUGAGGUCAGCUUGGUCUACAGAGCAAAUUCCAGGGUAGCCAGGGCUACACAAAGAAACCCUGUCACAAAAACAAUAGCAAUAAUAAUAAUAAUUUAAUAAUUUGUUAUAUAUUUUAGGUGCUAUGCUGCCUUUUUUGGAACAGUUGUAAGCAUUUCUUCCAGCUUGUAUCAUAUCUUAUAAUUCUUUUAGCAGAUCUUUCACAGAAAAGUUUUUAAUUUUAUUUUAUGGAUCAAAUUUAGAUUUGGUAUCAAAUCUAAAAACUUUCUGCUCAGCCUGGAUCCUGUGGAGUUUCUUUGAUAUUUUCUUAAACAUUUUAUAGUUUGUAUUUUACAUUUAAACCUAGGACCUAGUUCAUUUUGGUAUAUGCUGUGACUCGGUUGUUGUUGUUACAGUAGUGAGGCUCAAACUCAGAGCAUGACGUGUGUAAGCACACAGGGCAAGUGCUCUGCCAUUAAGCUACAUCUAGAGAUGCUCCCACCCCCGUCAUAUUUUGUGUCUGAAGUUUUUUGUUUACUGGUAGGCUCUAGUUGCUCGUGUACCACUUGUUAGAGAUGUCCUUCCUCCACUGAAUUGCUUUGGUGUCUCUGGGAGUAUUUGUGUGGCUAUUUUCCCAUCUCUUCUCUUUUCCAUUAAGUCGUGCUUUUGUCUUGAUUCCUGUUCCUAUUUCCUGACAUCCACAUGGUUGUUCCAGACCCCACAUGUCAGAUCUUGGGAGGAGUUCUUCCCACCAGGUCAGCUGCCAGGAUCCAGCAGGAGCAACAUAGAUGCCAGCCUCUGCUGCCAGUCUGGCACAUUCUGUCUCCAGCUGCCUAGGCAGGACCUGGCCUGGGCUAGAAUCAAGUGUAGUUGCCUCUGAGGGCCAGGGGACAGAGCCUGUGGAUGAGGUGGAUGAGGUUUCUCUUCCCUGGUAGCCUGGUGCUGGGUGUGAGAAGGAUCUCUGGGAGCCUAAGGCUGCCCAGGCAAGGGCAAGUCACAGUCCCCUUUUCUCUCUUUCUCUUAUCCGUUCUGGGGCUUUGUGUGUGUAGCCCUGCCCUGCAGAGCCUCCAGGUCUGUACUGAGCCCUGAGUGGUAAGCACAAAGAAAUGUUUGUUCCAGAGCUGAGUGGGUGCUGCGAUACCCCUCUCUCCCCUAGACAAGAGGCUUGUGAGUGCUGAGUGGAAGAUGGAAAUCACCAGAUCUGAUAAUGGUUCAAAAGGUAUGUGUGGCAAUCACACAGCCCCUACCAAGAGAGGGUUUCAGACAGGAGCACCCAGGCCUUCCCAGAGGUCCCUGAGAAGUGCCCAACACAUGGCUUGUGUGCCAUUCUGGUGAGACCAAGCAGAGGUAGGCACGCAUGUGGUCCAGGGUAUAUUAGGACCUGAGUGGAUGAGGCACUGAGAAAGGCAAGGAGUGGGAGUCUUCUGUACCAGUCGCUGCUCUUACCUGCUGUUGCCUCCCUGUCCACCAGCCACUGCUACGGUUUUCUAAGAAUGAAGCCCAGUUGGUCCCAUCUUGUAGAUGUGCGUUAGCAUGGUCUGGCUUUGUGACUACCCCCCACACCUGCUGUGCUGUGUGUGUCACUGCCAUGUUGGGAAUUCACAAGUGUCACAGAUGGGUCUUUGGGGGGGGGCAAGAUGUCCACUUGACCAUAUACUUAAGGUCAUAUUUGUCUCAGGGGUGUGUGUGUAUGUGUGUGUGUGUGUGCACCUACAUGCAUGCAUACAUGCACGCACGCGCGCGCGCGCACACACACACACACACACACACACACACACACACACACACGCCUGCUCCCCUCAAGUCGUCUGGAUCAGCUUGAAGGUCCUGUGACCUGAAGCCCUUCUGCCACCCUCUUGAUAGGAGAGAGCUGCCAACCAGGGGCUGGGUCAGUGCCUGUGUCCUGUGUCAGCCGUGUCGGUACAGCCACCCUAAGGCCAACCUGGUGGAUGGACUGCCGUUGUACAUCUGCUGCCUGACUUUUCAGCAUCUGCCUCAAAGAACACUCAAGCUCUGCUCCUUCUCAGCCGGAGCAGCAACUCCCGGAUAAGCUCCAGCACAUUGGGCCUGUAGGCUGCUCCAUCACCAAUGAACCCCAUGAACCCCAUGAAACCCGCCCUGCCCCCUGCACCACACGGUGAUGGUUCAUUUGCAUAUGAGUCUGUGCCUUGGCAACAAAGUGCCACUCAGCCAGCUGGGUCACUGUCUGUGGUCACUACUGUGUGGGGAGUUGGCAACGCAACCCAGAGCCAGGUUUUAGGGAACCCCAUGGGCCCUGCAGGAAGCCCCCCUGGUGGUUCCAUGAUGCCUGGUGUGGCAGGUGGCAGCUCUGCCUUGACCUCCCCGCAGUGCCUGGGACAGCAGGCGUUUGCUGAAGGAGGUGCUAGCAAGAGCUACGUACAGCAAGGCGUGUAUGGCCGAGGGAGCUACCCUGGGGGAUCCAGCUUCACUACUGGGUAUGCAGGAGGCCCUGCAGGCCUGGGGCUCCCCACACAUGCAGCACGGCCCUCAACUGACUUCACACAAGCAGCAGCUGCAGCUGCCAUGGCUGCUGCUGCAGCCACCGCGACAGCCACAGCCACAGCCACGGUGGCUGCCCUGCAGGAGAAGCAGAGCCAGGAGCUAAGUCAGUAUGGAGCGAUGGGGACUGGGCAGUCUUUUAACAGCCAGUUUCUGCAGCAUGGAGGUCCUCGAGGACCCAGUGUGCCCCCUGGCAUGAACCCUUCAGGCAUGGGAGGAAUGAUGGGCCCCUCUGGCCUUUCUUCAAUGGCCAUGACUCCUACCCGGGCAGCAGGCAUGACACCCUUAUAUGCAGGACAGCGACUGCCUCAGCAUGGGUACCCUGGGCCUCCGCAGGGGCAGCCACUGCCUCGACAGGGGAUCAAGAGAGCCUACUCAGAGGUGUAUCCUGGGCAGCAGUAUCUGCAAGGAGGCCAGUAUGCAGCCAACACUGCCCAGUAUGCUCCUGGCCCUGGGCAGCCCCCUGGCCCUGCCUCCUCCUAUGCAGGACACAGACUACCCCUGCAGCAGGGAAUGGCCCAGUCCCUGUCUGCGCCUGGCCCCACGGGACUGCAUUACAAGCCUUCCCGCUCCAUCCCUGGUUACCCCAGCUCCCCACUGCCGGGGAAUCCCACACCACCCAUGACGCCUAGCAGCAAUGUUCCCUACAUGUCCCCAAGCCAGGAAGUCAAGUCUCCUUUCCUGCCUGACCUCAAGCCAGGCCUCAGCUCCUUGCACCCGUCACCCUCCGCAAGUGUCCAUUGUGAUGAGCUGCGCCUGACCUUCCCAGUUCGAGAUGGGGUGGUCCUGGAGCCCUUCCGCCUGCAGCACAACCUGGCUGUGAGCAACCAUGUCUUCCAGCUCCGAGAUUCUGUCUAUAAGACCCUGAUGCUGAGGCCUGACCUGGAGCUGCAGUUUAAGUGCUAUCACCAUGAGGACCGGCAGAUGAACACCAACUGGCCAGCAUCUGUGCAGGUCAGCGUCAAUGCCACACCCCUCAGCAUUGAGCGUGGAGACAACAAGACCUCGCACAAGCCCCUCUACCUGAAGCAUGUGUGCCAGCCAGGUCGCAACACCAUCCAGAUCACUGUCACCGCCUGCUGCUGUUCCCACCUCUUCGUGCUGCAGCUGGUGCACCGUCCGUCUGUCCGUUCCGUGCUGCAGGGCCUCCUCAAGAAGCGCCUAUUGCCAGCUGAACACUGCAUCACCAAGAUAAAGCGGAACUUCAGUAGCGGCACCAUCCCUGGCACCCCUGGGCCCAAUGGAGAGGAUGGGGUGGAGCAGACGGCUAUCAAGGUGUCCCUGAAGUGCCCCAUCACCUUCCGCAGGAUCCAGCUCCCAGCCCGUGGUCACGACUGUCGACAUAUACAGUGCUUUGACCUGGAGUCAUACUUACAGCUCAACUGUGAGCGGGGGACCUGGAGGUGUCCGGUAUGCAACAAGACGGCAUUGCUGGAGGGCCUGGAGGUGGAUCAGUAUAUGCUGGGCAUCCUGAUUUAUAUUCAGAACUCAGACUACGAGGAGAUCACCAUUGACCCCACGUGCAGCUGGAAGCCAGUGCCUGUGAAGCCUGACCUACACAUCAAGGAGGAGCCGGAUGGGCCAGUGCUGAAGCGCUGCCGCACUGUGAGCCCUGCCCAUGUGCUCAUGCCCAGUGUGAUGGAGAUGAUUGCAGCCCUGGGCCCUGGCGCUGCCCCUUUUGCCCCAUUGCAGCCCCCUUCGGCCCCAACCCCCAGCGACUAUCCCAGCCAGGGUUCCAACUUCAUGGGGCCUGGAACUUUCCCAGAAUCCUUCCCAUCUGCUACACCCACCACCCCAAACCUUGCUGAGUUCACCCAGGGGCCACCCCCAAUCUCCUACCAGUCUGACAUUCCCAGCAGCCUCCUGACUCCAGACAAGUCUACUCCUUGCCUCCCAGGCCAGAUGGCACCAGCAGGCCACCUGGACCCAGCCCAUAAUCCUGGACCACCAGGACUGCACACUCCCAACCUCGGGCCCACCCCAGGCACUCAGCUACACCAUCCAAACCCUUCCCCUGCAUCCCGGCAGCCCCUGGGCCAACCAAACACAGGACCCAUCAGCGAACUGGCUUUCAAUCCUGCCUCAGGCAUGAUGGGGCCUCCCAGCAUGACUGGGGCAGGGGAGGCCUCAGAACCAGCUUUGGACCUGCUCCCAGAACUGACCAAUCCUGAUGAACUGCUCUCCUACCUGGGCCCACCUGACCUCCCCACAAACAGCAGUGAUGAUCUGCUCUCACUCUUCGAGAACAACUGAUCCUGUGGUGACCCCUGGCCUGGCGAAGACACACUCAAAGAUGCCACCACAGCCUUCCCUUCUCACCCAGCCCCACAGGCUGCCUGCUGGUUCUCCCUGAACUCCCAAUGCACACACCCUGAGCUGGGGCCUGCCACUGCCAGCCCUGAUGAACUGGAAGCAGCCCUGCGCUCCAUGGGGCCCCAGGCCAGUGGGCCUCACAGCCUCCCUCCAUCAAGCUCACUGCUCCAGAAUGGUUCUUGUGAGGUGCCUGCAGGCCCCGUCAGCCCCACGUGCACAGCCCUCUGCCCCAGACUCAUGGCCUUGCACUUGUCCUUCCACCCUGCCUGCUCCUACCCAGCCUGCAUCUUGUCCAGCACUGAUCCUUCUGUUUCUGUUCCUCCUCAGCAGAGCUGGCUGCUGAGGCUGGCUCUGUACCCUUGGUCUGCAGCUCCAGUGCCUGAGCCUGGCAGCCUCAGAACCAUACAGAGCACCAGCCUUAGGGGGCCUGGCGCUCCCACCCAGCUGAAUCUGGUUUAGGGGUUCCUCCCUCCACCCUGAGCUCCAGGUGGAGGCUGGGGUGGGAGCAAUAAAGCACAACAAUGUACAUAGUGUAGAAAUGCCAACAGCUGGGAAAGGGAGGGACCGCUAUUUCAGUCAGCAUGUUCCUCUGGACUGGCCUGCGCCUUCCAUGUGGUGUCUGCCCCUUACUGAGCACAGACAGCUCAGGGGAGGUUCAACUCCUCUAGGGGUGGGCUUUCAGGCUCAGCUCUAUGUAAAUUCUCCAGUGAGCUGCUCCCCCAAGUUUCUCUUUUCUGUGAAAGUGAAGAAUUAGUACAGCUGUGUUUUUUAAACCACCUCAUUUCCACCCUGCGGCCCACACCCAGGUGGGGGAGGCCAUUGCAUCUGCUGGCAAAGCGCCUGGGCCUGCAAGCAGGGUGCUGGCCUGUUGUGUCUCCUGUCUGUGCAAUCUAUUAAAGGACUCCCUCUUGGUGGGCUUGGCUGAGUCCUUCCUUUGUGCUGAGGGUCUGUGGCCUUUCUGUUCUUAGAACCCCAAAUAAUAAAAAAUCUAGAUGUUUU